CGGAUCCGUUUCGUCCUGACUCCCCGGGGUUUUUUUUCACAGGCGAGAAAAAUAAAUCUUGCGAAAAAAUAAAGAAAGAAGAUAAAAAUAAAGACAUUGACGGGCUUCGAAAAGGUUUAGGUUCGCCUUUUGUAGUCCGACCGUUGAAGAAUCUGAGGAUAAAACCCAAUUAAAGGUAGACGUGCUUCAGUACUUGUCCACCAUGAAUGGAAACUCCAGCCUGUCCAACAGUACUCAGACAUCUUUAAAGACUGAAGAAACAGAAGAGUGGAGCAAGGAAGAUUGCUUAAUCCUUUUGGAGCGAAUCCGUAGCCUGCUGCCUGAAGGGGAUGCCAUGAAGUACAAAACUACAGAGUCGCACUUUGACUGGGAGAAAGUUCGUUUUGGGGACUUUACCGGGGACAUGUGCAAACAGAAAUGGCAAAAAGUGGCUUGUGAGGUAAGAAAAUACAGAACAAUGACAGAGCUCAUUAUGGAUGCCAUUGAGUUUGUGAAGAAUCCUUAUAAAGGCAAGAAACUGAAGACUCACCCAGACUUUCCAAAGAAGCCCUUGACUCCAUACUUUCGCUUUUUCAUGGAGAAACGAGCCAAGUAUGCCAAAAUCCAUCCAGAGAUGAGUAAUCUGGAUCUCACCAAAAUUCUUUCCAAGAAAUAUAAGGAACUGCCUGAGAAGAAAAAGAUGAAAUACAUUCAGGAGUUUCAGAGAGAAAAAGAGACCUUUGGAAAGAGCAUGGCCAAAUUCAAAGAGGAUCAUCCUGAGCUGAUGGAGGAGAGAAAAAAGUCAGAUCUACCAGAGAAGCCUAAGACUCCUCAACAGCUUUGGUACAAUCAUGAAAAGAAGUCCUAUCUGAAGCUACACCCUGAUGUAAGUCAGAAAGAGCUAAAGGAAGCCCUGCGCCGGCAAUGGUCACAGCUAUCUGAUAAAAAGCGCCUAAAAUGGAUCAGCAAGGCUCUGGAACUGCAAAAAGACUACGAGGAGAGUAUGCGCGCCUACCAUGAAGCACAUCCUGAGUUCCUCCAAGAUGACCAUGUAAAGUCUGUGCUAACCAAAGCUGAGCGGCAACUGAAAGACAAGUUUGAUGGGCGACCAACAAAACCCCCACCAAAUGGCUACUCCUUGUAUUGUGCUGAGCUAAUGGUGAAUAUGAAGGAUGUCCCCAGCACUGAAAGAAUGGUACUUUGCAGCAAACAGUGGAAAAUGAUGAGUCAGAAGGAAAAGGAUAUGUUUCAGAAACGCUGUGAACAGAAAAAGAAACAGUAUGAAGUUGAUCUUCAGAGAUUUUUAGAGAGUUUGCCAGAAGAAGAACGUGAACGGGUGCUGACAGAGGAGAAGCUGGGCGGUACCAAGCUACAAGUGGGAAAUUCUGGAAGUCCUCUGAGGGCGAAGUCUGAUCCAUCCAAGGACAAAAGUCGUGAUAUAGAACGAGCGCUGCAAGGGCAGAGGGUGGAUGGUCUGGCUAAAGAAAAGCGAGACAAGAAAAGGACCCGCCUUCCAGACACACCUAAGACAGCAGAGGAAAUGUGGCAACAGAGUGUUAUUGGGGACUACUUGGCAAAGUAUCGGAAUGAUAGAAAGAAAGCCCAGGCAGCUAUGGAGGCAGCCUGGAAAGCCAUGGAGAAAAAAGAGAAAAUUCCUUGGAUAAAGAAGGCAGCUGAAGACCAGAAGCGAUAUGAUAGGGAACUGCUAGAGAUGAGGUUGCCUUUGAAUGCCCAAGCCCAGAGGAAGCCUAAAUUUGACGGGGAGCCCAAAAAGCCACCUGUGAGUGGCUAUCAAAUGUUCUCGCAAGAGCUGCUCACAAAUGGUGAGCUGAACCACUUCAGCUUGAAGGAGAGAAUGGUUGAAAUUGGCAAGCGCUGGCACAAACUGAGCCAAAACCAGAAGGACAAGUACAAGAAGCUGGUGGAGGAGCAGCAGACAGAGUACAAGGCAGAGCUUGAGGCUUGGAUCAAAUCUCUCUCCCCACAAGAGCGAGCCGCAUAUAAAGAGUUCUCUUCUGCGAAACGCAGAGGGACAUCCAAAGCAGGUGGUCCACCAGCCAAAGCCCGUGUAACAGGGAAGAGCAAACCUGAAACGUCAGAAUCGGAGGAAGAUGAAGAAAAGUCAGACACCUCAGAUUCAGAGGAAGAAGAUGAUGACUCUUCAGGUUCUUCAGACAGUGAUGAAGAGGAGGAUGAGAAUGAUGAAGACGAUGAAGAUGACGAUGAUGAUGAGGAAAAUGAGGAAGAAGAAGACCAAUCAGAAGCAACAAGCAGUUCCUCUUCAGAUGACAGCUCUGAUUCUGAUUCAGACUAAAUGCUGGUGGUCCGGAGGGGCCAGGCCGGGCCAUGCAGGACACACAUGAACUCUUCUCCUCCCCUGAGCUCGGGGGGCUAAGCGAUCCAAACCAACUGGCGCAGGUGUUGAGUGGCCUGUGGGGCCUCAAGUCCUUUUUUUUUUUUUUUUUUGCCCUUUCUUUCUUCAGACUGUGAGAAGAUGCCCUUUUAAACUGUUGAAACCGUCAGUCACGGGCUCGAAUUUCAAAGACUGAUUUCUUGGAUAAUUUCUGUUUUAAGGACAUUGUGUUUAUUUGUGAGUUUAUUAUUAUUAUUUUUUUUAUUACCUUCGUAGAUGUGCUUAUAGAAGCAAAGCCGCGGGUAUAUUUGAAAUGUGAAAUACAAACCAUUCAUUGACCAGUGUUAA